GUCCUUUAAAAAUGUUUGAAACCAAUCGAUAAGAUUAGCGCAUUUUUAAGUAAAUAUUUCUAGUCGUCGUUGUGUAUAGUAAGAUAAUAAGAUAGUUUUUAUUAGUGAGCGAGAUAUAAUUCAAAAACAGGUUGCGCAUUUUGAUUGAAAAAAUGGAAGAAGAUUUGGAGAUUAUAAAUACAGGAUUUGAAAGAGUUUUUGUGACAGUAGGAACCACAAAAUUUCCAAAAUUGAUAGAUGUGGUUACCAGUUCUGAUAUACAUGAAGCAUUCCUUGAAUUAGGUGUGACUUGCGUUCUUCUACAGUAUGGAAAAGAUUAUCCAAUUCACUCACUGUGUGAUAAAGGGUUUAAAUUACUUGAAAAACAAGAGGAUUCUGUUACAUAUUGUUCCCCAGAUAAUGAAAUAGUAUUCCAUUGUAUUGAAUAUACUAAUAAAUUUAUUGGCAAUAUAAGAGAAAGUGAUUUAGUUAUUGGACAUGCAGGAGCUGGUACUUGUUUAGAGGUUCUAAGGGAAACUGUACCAUUAAUAAUAGUCAUAAAUGAAGAUCUAAUGGACAAUCAUCAACAGGAACUAGCUGAAAAGUUACAGGAAGAAGGAUAUGCUUAUUAUUGUAAAACUGAACAACUGAAGAAUGCAUUAUUAAAUUAUAAAACAAGGAAACCUUAUCCUAUAGCAGAUCCAUAUACUUUUCCAGAUUAUUUAGAUAAGUGUAUGGGAUACACAGACUAAAUUAUUUUCUUUUGUUAUAAAUGUUUGACAUUUGUGAUUAAAAAGGAUUUUAAAGUGGAGAUCAUUCUAUAGUGUGUUUGUAAAUUUUGUGGGUAUAUAAAAAUUGUGUAACGUAUAAGAACUUGAAUAAAUUAUUGAGUUAAAAAUUGUUUUAA